AUGAAUCAUUUGUCUACUUUACAGGAAGCAGGACAUGUUGAAGUUGGCCAUCAACGCCAGUUCAAGCCUAUUAAAAUAUAUUAUGAAAUGCAUGGUAAUGGGCCUAAGCGUGUCAUGUUGGUCAUGGGCUUAGGUUCACCUUGUAGUGCUUGGGAUCAUCAAACACAAUUCCUUGCAGAAACAGGCGAUUAUACAGUCAUUGUGUUUGAUAACCGAGGCAUGGGACUCUCAGAUUCUCCGAUUGGAUUAUACUCUACUUCUCAAAUGGCAUUAGACGCAUUAGAGUUAUUGGAUCAUUUUGACUGGAAACAAGACGUACAUUUAGUGGGCAUUUCUAUGGGUGGCAUGAUAUCCUUAGAAAUGGCUGAUGCAGAGCCUACACGAUUUCAAUCAUUGACUCUAACAAGUACGACAGCAAGAAGAAACUUACCUACUUGGACAGCCAUAUCAACACUAUCUAAAAUUGCUUUCUUUUAUAAAGACCCUAAAGAUCAAUUAGAUGCAGCUAUGGAAUUAGUCUAUCCCAAAGAAUGGCUUGAACAGAAGCCUCUUGUACGAACAGAAUAUGAGACGAAUAAACAGUUAGCAAUUCAUGGAUUCAUACAACACAGUAAACGCUCUCGUCGCCAACCUAUGUAUGGUAAUAUAGCCCAAAUCAUUGCCUGUCUUCGCCAUCAUGUAUCAGAUAAACGACUAGAUCAUAUCAAACAGAGUGGCUUGCCUAUCAUGAUAAUCACAGGCACAUUUGAUAAUCUAGUUCGACCUGAAUACUCACAUCAUAUGAAAAAAGUGCUUCAAGAUGCACGCUUUGAAUUAUUUGAAGGAAGUGGACAUGCUAUUCCUGAGGAGCAGCCAGAAAGAUACAAUCGUUUAUUAGUAGAUCAUUUUAUUACAUCGAAUAAAAACAGAGCUAGGCUUUAA